AUGAGGCUAAAAGUCUCACACUCUCGCACAUCCCCUCAUCUGGAUUCUGUGGCGGCAGUCGGAUGGGCCGGUGGAGACGAAAUAUUUUCGUGUGCAGACGACCAUAUUUUACUGAAGUGGAAGCUUGGUAAUAUGGAAGCUACAACAGUGACGGAGAUGCCAAGUACACUAUUCGCAACAUCUAUGCACUGGUUUCCUACAUCAGGACGACACGAUGCUCACGGAGAAGUCUUCGCUCUGUCCUGUUCAGAUGGUCAGAUCCAUUUCGUCAACAAAAUGGGUAGAAUUGAAAAAUCUGUCAAUGCUCAUAGAGGAGCAGCCCUCAUGGUUCGGUGGAGCGCCGAUGGCACUGGGUUGCUAAGCUGUGGAGAGGAUGGCACCGUAAAGCUGUGGUCUCGUAAUGGACUCCUCCGAUCAGUUAUCGCUCAAAUGCCACAUCCUGUUCAUUGCUGCUCUUUUGAUAUGACAUCAAAUAAUGUUCUAUAUCCAAACUAUGAUCAUUGCUACAUAAAGUCGUUGAAGUCUCAGGGACCACCCCUCAAAUGGAAGGCGCACGAUGGUCUCGUAUUGUGCUGCGAUUGGUCCAAAGCAUCUGAAUACAUCGUUACUGGAGGAGAAGAUUGCAAAUUCAAGCUUUGGGACAGUUUCGGGCGCAAUCUCUUCACAUCCAUUGCUCUUGAUUAUCCGAUUUCGUCAGUGGCCUGGAGCCCCGAUGGUCAAUGCUUUGUCGCCGGCUCAUACAACAUCCUUCUUCUGUGUGAUAAAGCAGGGUGGUCCCACUCUCUUGAAAAACUCUCCACUGGAUCGUUACUAUCUUUGUGCUGGUAUGACGAUUCUACCCAAUUAGUUGGCGGUAGCGGAAGUGGCCAAGUAAUUCAUGCCCAGCUCAUUGAAAGUACAGAGACGAGCGGGAGCAUGGAAGUUGUACAAAUGAAGCGGAACCUUCUGGAAGUUCGCGAUGUGAGUGUCGAUUUGGCCCGUGAACAACUGGAAACCCGUGAUCGAAUCUCCCGGUUCGCUAUUGCCUACGAUCAACUGGUGGUUGUCACAACCCAGCAACUAUACAUCUUUAGUUCGAAAAAUUGGAACACUCCAAUCAUCGUUGAACUAAAGGAGAAGGCGAUCAAACUAGUCCUACAAGCAAGCAAACUAUUCCUUGUAUCGGAUGGACAAACACUGUUCGUGUUCAAUUACGAAGGUCGAAAUCUUAGCGAAAUUAAAAUGCCAAAGGGAAAAUCAAGUUUAAUAAAUUCAAAGACCACGUCUCUUUCAAACGAUACGGUGGCUUUGGUGGACCGCGAUGAGACGUCAUCGAUUUAUCUCUUCGAUCCUACCUCGGCAAAACCUCAAGGGGAUGAAAAAAUCACACACGAGCAUGAAAUUAUGGAACUCACGCUUUGCCAAUGUGGUCCAAUCGCCGACAGAAUGCUUGCAUUUCGUGACAGCGAAGGAGCAGUGUUCGUGGCAAAAGUGAGAGCACUCGGUGUUUCUCAGAAGAUUGCCAAAAUCGGUUCUUCCGUUGAACAGCUUCUCUUCAACGAUGUCACCAACAUGCUCGUCGGCGUGGGAGACGGACGUAUUGUCAUUUGGCCGGCUGUCGAAAUAGCCUUUAUCAAUCGCUCUCUGUUAGAGCGAUCAGUAAUGGAGAAGACCAUAACGGGCCUCGGCAAAUUUCCCGUCCUGCGAAGUUUUACUGGUAGCACUAUCAUUUUACGUCGUUCUGAUGGCUCCGUUGUCACAACUCUCCUUCCACCGUUCGCUUCAUGUCUUCUACGCAAUGUCUCACAAUCCAAGUGGGACCGAGCGCUUCGCCUUUGUCAUCAAGUUCAGAAUGAUGCUAUGUGGGCAGUACUGGCAGGCCUGGCAACAGCAGCAAAGCAUCUUUAUACCUGUGAAAUCGCAUAUGGAGAACUGGGAGAGAUUGAAAAAGCAGAAAUGCUUUCAAAACUGCGAAAUCAAACCAACAGAGAAAUCACAAAUGCAAAAAUGACUCUACUGGCAGGAAAGAUCGAUGAAGCCGAUGCCUUGUUCGAGAGAGGAAAAUGUAUCUUCGAAGCUGUCAUGUUGAACAUAGUAAUGAUGCGAUGGGCCAGAGCUCUUGAUUUGGCAAUCAAGCACAAAUCGUAUCUGGAGAUUGUUAUGGGGUACAGGCAGAAAUACUUGGAAAAUUUAGGAAGGAAGGAAACUGACGAAAGGUUUCUCAGUCACAUGAGAGAGGUGGAAAUUGAUUUUGAUCAUAUACGUGAAACAGUCGCCGAGCUGGAAGCUGCAGAAGAUGGCAACAAAUAG